AUGACGAAGUGGAAGUGGAUAUUUGUAAUUUUGAACCUCCAAAAUUAUGUAGUGUUGGGAGUAGUAGGUGGGGGUUCCCCAGAACAGGUAGGGGGAUCAUUAGUUGUAGGAGGAGGUUCCAUACAACAGGAAACGGGCGGCAAAGACCUGCGUCGUAUUAGUGACUCGACCACGUCGACUAAGCCUCGUGAAGACCUACCUCGCAAUUUCUUCACAGGUGAAGGCGUACCAGAAAAAAAAGAAGAACUAGUUGGACCACCUCCUGACAGUAUCGAAGAAAGUAGCGAAGAAGAACCACAAGCACAACCAUGUGACGUGGUAGAAUCAAAAAGUAGUACUAGUUCUUGUACAGGAAGUGGAAGUUCUAAGAUUCCGAAACAAUUCGAAGCAAUUUUAGAGCAGCUUGCAGAAGAAAUGGAGAAGACAGCAGGUGAACCCGUGAGCAUUCAAGUGAC